CGCUGAGUGUGAGUGAACGAGUGAAUGGCAGGGGGCGGAUGCUUUCAGGUGGUCCACGCGUGGUACGCUCAUAUGCUUUCAUUUGGGACUGAUGGAAUGAGCGCGACCGAAUAGGAUCCGAUUCCAGCGCCACUGUGAAAGACAUGAUAGCCUACGGACUUGGUUGGGGAACUUUCGGAAUCGGACAAGAGAAAGGUGCUUUUGUCGUGAUGGGAAUAUAACGUUGAAAAUAUGAAAAUACGAGAUGAUACCUGGUGCGUGUCGGUUUAACAUAAUUAUAGAGACUUGAGUGACUUUCCAUGGCUUUAUAUAAUUCCGCUGGGACCUCUGAGGUGGAAAAAACGAUGUCCACAUAUGAGGAUCUGGGUGCGUUCUAUGUGGAUACCGAUGGCUAUCCACAUGGCUAUAUAUUUGGAUAUACCAGUCAUCUAAUGCGAAGAAAAGCUCAGGUUGUUGAGGGAGAGACCCUGAUAUCUCUGGGAGUCAAAGCAAGGAGGAGGCUUCAGUCGGCGCCGGUGGAGGAAGUCGAAUGCGGCGGCCGGCCGAACCCUGAGGGCGCUGGGUCAGUGUCUGUGACGGAGUUGAGUCACUACGGGGAAAAGGGAGAAGGCGAGGGGCCCUUGUGCCAACGAUGCCAGAUCAUCGCUACAGAGCUGAACAGGCAAGCGCUUGCUUUGGCCGAUCCUGCGUCCCUGAAGGACCCGGGCUUCGCCGUGUUCCUGUUCGACAAGCUCCAGCACCUCCAGUGUCCACAUAGGGGCCCGUAUGCUAGAGAGGACAGCACCUGCCAGGUCUGUGGCACUGCCCUCCACCAACUGAGACGCCUGGCCCUGCAGAAAGCCUUGGGCCUCACCGGAGACAUGCCCGACCUGCAUCCUGGAGCCUUCUCCUCAGGGCUGACCCCCCGCCCUGCCGCCCACAGCGUGGUCACCCUACCCUGUCAGGACUGGUCCAUGGAGGACUCGCCAGCCAAGCAACCACCCAGGUUCUAUGAUCAGAUUCCUGGGGAAAGGUUCAGGGGGGGACUCCAGGGUUGGGGUGGGAUCCAGAGCAGCUACAUGGGAGGGUCCAAGUCCACGGUGAAUCCCAUACCACAGCACUUUCUGGAGGGAGUGUGGAGAGUCUCUCGUGUCAGGAGGGAUCAUCAUCCUCAUUCUGCUAUGACGCAGGGCUUGGCUCCUGACCCAUACAGGAACUACAUGCCCAUUGCCCCUGGGAGCCCCAUCUACGACUAUGCCACCAUCACUCCUACCGUACACCAGCCCCAGCCCACCCCCACCCAAACCAGCCACACACCCUCCGCUGCAGCCUCGUUCUUCAUCAGGGCCGCCCAGAAGCUCAGCCUCUCGUCCAAGCGGAAGAAGCCCCAGCAACCUCAGCUCCAGUCUCCACCCGAACCUGCCGAGCCCCUGGUCUACACAGGUGGCUUCAGCGGCGCCCUGCAGCUGUCCCCACCUGCCGUGCCGCCAUGCCUCCUCCGGGCCGGUUCAAAGGUCAAGGACACCCCGGGGAUGGGAAAGGUCAAAGUGAUGGUACGCAUCUGCUCUGCCCAGGGCUCCAGCAACACCUCGGAGUCCAGGUCAUUUCUUAAGGUGGAUGCCCGCAAGAAGCAGCUCACCCUCUGCGAAACGUCCGCUAACUGCCACUCCAGUGCUGCCCAGAGGCGCGCCGCCGCAGCCGCCCCCAAGAUGUUUGCUUUCGAUGCUGUUUUCUCCCAGGAUGCAUCACAAGCUGAGGUGUGCUCGGGGACGGUGGCGGAGGUCAUCCAAUCGGUGGUGAACGGUGCAGACGGCUGCAUCUUCUGCUUAGGCCAUGCCAACCUCGGUAAGACGUACACCAUGAUUGGUCGGGACUGCUCCACACAGAGCCUGGGUGUGGCUCCCUGCGCCAUCUCCUGGCUCUUCAAGCUCAUCGAGGAACGCAAGGAGAAGGCCGGGGCACGCUUCUCGGUCCGCGUGUCCGCCGUGGAGAUCUCCGGCCGGGACGAGGCGCUGACCGACCUGCUGUCCAAUGUGUCCACAGGCAGCCUGCAGGAUGGCCAGUCUCCGGGGGUGUACCUGCGCGAGGACCCCAUCUGCGGGUCACAGCUACAGAACCAGAGUGAGUUGCGUGCGGCCACUGCAGAGCGGGCAGCCUACUUUCUGGACACAGCCCUGGAGGCACGAAGCACCAGCCGCCCUCACUGCGAUGAGGAGGAGAGGAGAAACUCCCACAUGCUCUUCACCCUCCACAUCUACCAGUACCGCAUGGAGAAGAGUGUCAAAGGAGGAAUGUCUGGCGGCCGCAGUCGUCUGCACCUGCUGGAUCUGGGCAGCUGUGAGACAGACAUACGUCGGACUCGGGAAGGAGGUGGAGGCCAGUGUCUGUCGCUCUCUGCUCUGGGAAACGUCAUCCUCGCCCUGGCCAAUGGGGCCAAGCACGUACCCUACAGGGAUAGCAAGCUCACCAUGUUGCUGAGGGAGUCUCUGGGCAACAUCAACUGCCGAACCACCAUGAUAGCACACAUCUCUGACUCACCAACCAAUUACAUGGAGACGCUCACCACUGUGCAGCUGGCCUCGCGUAUCCACCGCAUGAGGAAGAAGAAAUACAAGUAUGCAUCCAGCUCCUCUGGUGGUGAGAGUUCCUGCGAAGAGGGACGAAUCCGCAAGCCACACUUGAGACCCUUCCACCCACGAACCGUAGCUCUUGACCCCGAUAUGCCCACAUUGCUGUCCAGUGACCCGGACUAUUCAUCCAGCAGUGAGCACUCCUGCGACACGGUCAUCUACAUCGGGCCUGGUGGGGCCACCAUUUCAGACAGAGAGCUCAGUGACAAUGAGGGCCCACCUUCCUUUGUUCCGAUCAUUCCCUCGCUGAACAGGAAGCGCGGGAAAGACACCCAACGCCCGGAGGUGGAAUACUUCAAGUGUGACACGUUUGCUGAGCUCCAAGAGAGACUGGAGUGCAUUGAUGGCAGCGAGGGCCCAGCUGCCUUCACUGGGGAGGGCAAAGGGGCACAAAUAGCCCAAAGGACCAAUAGCCCAGAGGAGACUGUGUCCCCCAAGACUGUUAAAUCCCCCUCCCAAAAGCCUCUCGUUAGCACAACAACCACCAACACAGCUCCCGCUAAGUCUGAGCAGGAACAUUCCAAAUUGUCCUUAGAUGGAGGGGUCCCAGAGAGUCACAAACGGACAAGUGCAGAUGGGGAGAAGGUUCUGGCCUGCAUGGUUAAACCCAGCAUUUUGUUGCAAGACUCAGAGCCUGUGGUGCGAGAGAAGGUCUACCUCAACAAAGGGCCUACUGUACCUAAGCCUUCUGCCUCUCCUUCUUUGCCAAGAUCCUCCAGAACACCCUCUCAGGGCCAGGAUGCUAUCUGCCGUGCACCCCCUGUGGGCAUGAGUCAGCAGGCCCUAAGGCAAGGACAACAUGGGGGGUCACCGGUCCUGGAGAGGGCCCAUCAUGGCAGGAGUCCCAUGGAGAUGAGCCACCUUCGGGCAGCAUUGAGGGGCAGAUGCCUGGAGAGAGAUGUCCUGAGGACCACGAUCACCCUGCAGCAACCCGUGGAGCUGAAUGGAGAAGACGAGCUGGUGUUCACAGUUGUGGAGGACCUACCCAUAGGACUGGUUCCAGACAAUGGGCGGCCCUCCAGCAUCAUCAGCUUUAAUAGUGACUGCUCCCUUCAGGCCCUGGCCUCAGGCUCCCGUCCUGUCAGCAUCAUUAGCAGCAUCAACGAUGAAUUUGAUGCUUACACGGCUCAAGAGUGUGCAUCUGGGGUGAGCUCAGCCUCACAGGAGGAGAUGUUUGCCCAUCAUGGUAGCAGACAGUCUUCCAUUGGCUCCUGGCCGAGUGAAGUGAGCGUGUGCUCCCUGGAGAGCGACGGCACCCAUUCGACAAGUAGAUUCUUACAGAGGGCUAAGUGCGUGGUACCGGAGAACACCUCCAUAUUGUCCUCCCCUGGUAUAUUCCGUAGGGAGCCGUUCAUGCAGCAUGGUACCAAGAGCUCCCUAAAUGACAGUGGUGUCUGCUUCUCUGAGUUGGACAGUGACCCCGCCACCCCAAGCAAGCUCUCCCUAACUAAGUGCCCACCUUCUAAUGACUCUACCAAAGCAUCUCUCAGAGCAAACACUCUGAACACCUCAGCCUCUUCUCAGAUCCCACACCAUGCUGUUCACUCCAGUCUUCCCAGGAAAACCAAACCUACCUCAUCAGUUGCCCCAAGCUGCAGCAGGCAGGAAGGCAAGCAAGAUGAUCUCUGGUUGCGAGGGGGCGGCCAUUCGGAUUCUAGAGCGACUGAAUCCACUGUGGCGAGUAAGCCACCCAGAAACGGCGUGAGUGGCCUCCCUUCCAGGAAGCCGGGAGGAAACAGCAACAGUGUACCUCGACCGCCGAAAGCACAGGUAUCCUCCUCGACUCAGAGGGUGGUAGACGGUUGUGAGAAGUCCAGCAGCAAGAAAGCAGAGACCAUGAGCAGGAUGCCACAGCUCAGGCGAGGCGCCACCACUCUUGGCACAGUGUCAGUCCCCCACAGUUCCCCUGAAUCAAAAUGGGGCCGCGAUGGUAGUGGUAGUCUGAGAUUCUCCUCUUUGGGAAAGAAGGCAAAUGGACAGAAAAGCAGCAUGCUUCCAAAGUCCGGCUCUAUCUCUCCUCCUGCUCCACCUGUUCGCAAAUCAAGCCUUGAUCAAAAGACAAGGAUAGUCUUAUCUCCUAGUGCCUUAAGGGCAGCCAGCGACGCUGCAAGGUCCUCAUUGCCUAAAACAUCAGUAUCCGAGGAGGAAUUUGAUGUUCGAUACAGAGGGGAUUUGUUUAGCUACAAAACAUCCAGCUUGAAGGCUGACCAUGGCUCAGCUAAGACAGCGUCAAGCCUGAAGACACGAGGAGCCAAAGGCGAUUCUGGAAGGUACUAUGGUAGCCUAAUGUCCUUGGAGAGAAGUGACAGUCUAAACUCAGUGAGGUCCAGACCUGGCCUGUCGAGAGAGAAUAGUGGCAUUAGUUUAGGAGACAAUGGAAAAUCCAAUAGAUCAGUGCCAAAACUUGGGGUUCCCACCUCCACUACUUCCACAUCCACUGCUACCUCUCCACCUUCCUCUACCACGUUUGCGACGUCAAGCAAGUUGGGACAGCUCAAAGCUAAUGUCAACCCCAGGGCCAUAGUUGCCAGUGGAUCAAAGGCUAGAACCUUGUCUGCCAGCAGUUCCAAGACCCUUAACUACUCCACCAAAUCUGAUGAUGCGCCAACCGCACGCAAUGCCAGCCUACCUCCAACGGGGAAACCUCCAGCUCGUUCUUUGGCAGGGACCAAUGGUAAUGGCAAGCCGGGCAGGGGCACUAUCAUGGGCACCAAGCAGGCCAUCCGGGCUGCCAAUAGCCGAGUUAGUGAGCUUGUGGCGGGAAGCCCAAGGAAACAUCUAAGCAGGGGUUCAGGGGACAAUGCCAAUGAUAGCGGGGCAAGCGUCAGCGGGUCCCCUAUCAGCACGCCGCUGCCCUCGCCCUAUAGCAAGAUCACAGCCCCGCGGAGGCCCCAGCGUUACAGCAGCGGGCACGGUAGUGACAAUAGCAGUGUGCUCAGUGGGGAGCUUCCACCGGCCAUGGGGCGUACUGCGCUCUUCUACCACAGCGGGGGCAGCAGCGGGUAUGAGAGCAUGAUCCGGGACAGCGAGACCACAGGCAGUGCCUCGUCAGCCCACGACUCCAUGAGCGAGAGCGGGGUGUCCACGUCUAAUAGGAGUAGAGUGUCUAAAUCACCCAAGAAGAGAGGCAAUGGCCUCCAGCGGCGCCGUCUCAUCCCUGCUCCCCUGCCGGACACCUCCUCCCUGGGCAGAAAGGCUGGCGUACCAGGCCAGUGGGUGGACUUGCCCCCCUUGGGUGGGACCCUGAAAGAGCCCUUCGAGAUCAAGGUGUACGAGAUCGACGACGUGGAACGGCUGCAGAGGAGGCGAGAGGGUGCCACGGGGACAGAGCCAUUCCAGGAUGUGGAAAAGGGACUGCUGUACUUCAACGCAAGGCUGAGGAUGCUGGAGAAGAGGCAACAGCGGAUCAGGGAGCUGAGGGCCAAGCACGAAAGGUUGAGUGGGGAAUUGGAGGAUGCCAAGAGCAGGCUGAUGCUGGACCCUGGCAAGUGGACCGGAGAGUUUGAGGUGGACCCCGAUCUGGACAAAGAGUCCCAGGAGUACCUGGAGGCUUUGGAGCAGGCCACGGGCGAACUGGAGUACUGUGUCAACCUAUGCAAGUCGCAUGUCAUGAUGGAGACCUGCUUCGACAUCGUGGUGUCGGCGACCGCUGUCACACAAGGGGGGCAACAGAAAGGAGGUGUGGAGGUGUGAGAAAGCGAGAGCAAGUGAGAGAAAGUCGACGUGAAAGGGCAACGGAGCAAAACAAGCGCUUCAGAGCCUGAGAGACUGAUGAUAGAGUCAAAGGAGGAGAAAAGGUGGAUGGGAAAGAGGACUAACGUGAAAGUCAACCGGUGUAGGUUACAGAGGUUACCAUAUGAAUGGAUAAAGGACCAGAGGUGCAGGUGUGCUUACUUGUACAGUAGAGAAAGCCUGGCUUCGAUCAGAGUACAAUUAAAUGGAACUUUGGACAAACAUUCUACGUUUCCUGUGGGAGGAAGGAAAGAUCUAACCGAGGACGACCGAACACCUUUGUCACCAUCACCAGAAUGUGCCUUGAUCAGACUGAUUCCAAGGGAAUAUCAUUUUUUUCUGACCAGUGUUAGUCUUAAAAACCAGCUUACCCGAGCAAACUCUAAAUGUAUUCCUUAUGAGAAAAAUUGUAUUUUGUAUUGUAUUGUUGUAUAGUGUAUUUAUAUGAUUACAAAGUAUGUAAAAAAAAAUAUCUUUUUGGGUAUGAUGAAAAAACAAACCAUGAAUAAAAUGAGAGAAAAGCAAUAAGUUGAUCAUUAUUGCAUACCCG